AUGACUGGUGUAACAAACGGAGUAUGCAGUAAUAAGGUAGGAAAUGGCACUACAGAGAAGCAAGAUAACGACUAUAGCAGUAGAGGUUUCGAAACUAGGGCUAUUCAAGUCGGCCAAAGCCCCGACCAGUGGUCUUCAGGAAUAGUCGUACCGCCAAUCCACACUGGAACUACCUUUAAACAAGAUGGUCCAGGACUUCAUAGGGGUUACGAAUAUGGAAGAAGUGGAAAUCCAACAAGAAAUAGUCUUGAAACCUGCAUAGCUAGCCUUGACAAUGCAAAAUAUGCUUUUGCUUUUUCAUCCGGUCUAGCUACUAUAACAGGAGUUUGUGCGCUACUGAAUGCCGGUGAUCACGUAAUUUGCGGAGACGAUGUCUAUGGCGGUACCAACAGGUAUUUUAAGAACAUCGGUAAAAGUCACGGACUUGAGGUGGAUUUUAUCGAUACUACAGUUGUUGACUUAGUAGAAAAAGCCAUCAAACCCAAUACAAAGCUAGUUUGGGUAGAAAGCCCGACAAAUCCCCUCCUAAAGGUUAUGGACAUUCCAAGUAUCGCAGCCGUAGUGAAAGCUAAAAAUCAGGGAAUAUUAUUCGUUGUGGACAAUACCUUUUUGACUCCCUAUCUUCAGAAACCUCUGGAAAUGGGAGCCGAUAUUGUUGUUUAUUCUAUGACUAAAUACAUGAAUGGUCAUUCCGAUGUUAUAAUGGGUGCUGUAACGACUAACGACGAAGAACUUAGUAAUAGAAUAGCUUAUAUAGAGAAUUCUAUGGGACUUGUCCCUUCUCCGUUUGACUGUUACCUUGUGAACAGGAGUUUAAAAACAUUGGCUAUAAGAAUGGACAGGCAUAUCCAAAAUGCGACGGAGAUCGCCAAGUUUUUAGAGCAGCACCCACUUGUCGAAAAAGUUAUCUAUCCAGGAUUGGAAUCUCACCCGCAGUACAAAUUGGCCAAAAGGUUAUGGAAGGGAGCGUCUGGGAUGAUCUCAUUCUAUAUUAAGGGAGACCUUAAAACUAGUACAGCAUUUUUAAAAGCUUUGAAAAUUUUCAUUCUUGCUGAGAGUUUAGGAGGAUUCGAAUCACUUGCCGAAUUACCAUCCAUCAUGACUCACGCCUCUGUUCCUGAAGACAUGAGGAAAAUGUUAGGCAUCAGCGACAACUUCAUAAGGCUCUCCGUCGGCCUCGAAACUGCCGAAGAUCUCAUCCAAGACAUCGAUCAAGCCUUGAAGGUUGCGACUGCAGCUUCCUAG